CUCAGCUGCGUUCGACCCUUUCGCCAGUCUCUGAACGACGACAAUGAGUUCUGCAUAUCCAAUCCAGCAGUCACGACAGUAUACCCCCCACAUACGCUCUCAGUGCGAACACUGUAACGUUCAGGUUGAGUUUCCAGUGCCGUCUCCUACUCCGGCACAAGGCACAUUAUUGCGCGUUCGUUGCUUUAAGUGCCAAUCAACCUAUACACAUGCGUUCUAUCCUACACAGCUACCACCUGGCUACUCCACUACGUUGGGCUCAACGCCUCCACAUAAUCCGAUAGGCUCUGGAAGUACUCCACCACUUUCAAAUGCCAGGAAAGGUCGUAAGAUUGGCACGCAGGAGAAACCUUUGGAAACAGGGUACUAUGACCUUCUAGGUGUUCCCAUAGAUGCAAGCACAGAUGAUAUCAAGAAAUCGUACCGACGGCUUGCAAUAAAGCAUCAUCCUGACAAGAAUCGCGAUGACCCACACGCGGAGGAAAGGUUUAAGGAGAUUGCCAUUGCUUAUCAGACCCUAUCAGACACAGAGCUCCGCAAGAAAUAUAACGAGUUUGGUCCCAAAGAGAGUCAGCCGGAAGGAGGUUUCGUCGACCCGGAGGAAAUAUUUGGGGCGAUGUUCGGUGGAGAGAGGUUUGCGCCAAUAAUCGGCCAGAUCAGUCUUGCAAAGGAUAUGAAAGCUGCCCUACAAGAGGUAGAAGAAAAUGAGGGCGAAGACCACAAGGACGUGAAACGUGAUGCAAAGGGCAAGGAGAUCCUGAGUGAAGAAGAGAGAGCUCGAAAGGAGGAGAAAGAGAAGAAAGUGACAGCAGAGAAAGCAGCAGCUCGUGCAGAGCGAGUCCAGAAACUCGUGGAGAACCUUGAGCGGAAACUCAGUAUAUUUACGGAGUCCGCAGCAGGUCCAUACGACCCUGAUGUUACAAAUAGCUGGCGCACUAUCUGCCAGCUUGAAGCGGAGGAUCUCAAGAAGGAGUCUUAUGGUGUCGAGCUUUUGCAGGCCAUAGGCUUCGUGUAUGUCUCGAAAGCAAAGCAUUAUCUUGCUACGAAUCAAACAUUGUUUGGAGUCGGCGGCUGGUUCCACAACGUCCAAGGGAAAUACCACGUAUUCAGCGAAACUGUGUCAACACUGCGAUCGGCGAUCGAAUUGAAAAGCGUCUUUGAUCAAAUUGCAGCAGCAGAGAAAGCUGGAAACCUUUCUCCGGAGGAGAAGAAGAAAUUGGAAGAGCAGGCUGCUGAGAAAGGCAUUCAGGCCCUUUUCAAGGGCACGAAACUUGAAAUCGAGUCUGUAUUGCGCGAAACUUGUGACCGCGUCCUCGAGGACCUGACAAUAUCCCGCCCUAAAGCCCAGAUGCGGGCUGUUGCGAUGCAGAUUCUUGGAGAAUCAUACGUGGCCAUUAGAAAGGACGUAGACGGACAUCCAGACGAAAGCGAAUACGUGAGGAUCGACACAAAGAGCAGCCGAGAAAAAGACCGCCAACGUUCUUGAUCUGCUGCCUCUACGUUCGUUUUGCUAUACCAAACAAUGCAUCUUACCCAUAACUUACUCGUUCCCACUCAUAUAAUCACUCAUCUCACUUUGUGCAUGUCCAU